AUGCGCAGAUUUUCUUCUGUAUUCAAGAAGAAGGAGGAGUCCAAGGCCAAGGAGAAUGGCCAUAUCAGCGAAAAGGUCAAUGGAAAGCGACAGUCCAAGGCCGUCUCGACUUCUCAACCACCUGCUGAACCGGAAGACCACAGCAAAGCCCGACACGAAGUCUCUGCGAUCUUUGAGAGAUACGCCCAAGUGAUUCACGCAUCCCGACAACCAUUGCCUACUCAAAGCGGCGAUGGCACCUACCUGGAACAUGGCCAUGAUCACUCUAGCAGCUUAUUUUCCGAUCUCCGAUCAUUGGGGUUUAAAGACUAUGGCACCCUUGUCGAAGUUAUGAAAAACAAGGCCUCUGGCAGCUAUGUAGAUGACAAGACCAUGUUGAUGGAACGAAUUAUCCAGCUCGUCAGCGGGCUUCCGUCUAAUUCUGAGAGGAGGACUGAGCUCACAAAUGCGUUUCUUGACGAGCUUUGGGACUCCCUUCCACACCCACCUCUCUCAUUCGUCGGACCCAAGUUCGAAUACCGAUCCGCCGAUGGAUCCUGGAACAACCCAACAAUUCCAUGGCUGGGUGCUGCCAACACUGAAUACUCCCGCUCAAUUCCGCCAUUGACUAUCCAACCAAGCGGCCUUCCAGAUGCAGGUCUUGUCUUCGACAGUAUUAUGGCCCGAGAGAAAUUCACACCACACCCUAACAAGGUUUCGAGUGUUUUCUUUGCCUGGGCCUCGCUCAUCAUUCAUGAUAUUUUCCAGACGGAUUACAGAAACCCUCACAUCUCUCAGACGUCCUCCUACCUAGAUUUGUCCAUUCUUUACGGCGACAACCAAGAUGACCAAAACCAGAUGCGUACUUUCAAGGAUGGAAAGAUCAAGCCUGAUUCCUUCUCGGAGCCCCGUCUCCAGGCAUUCCCUGCCAUGUGUAAUGUCCUCAUGGUCAUGUUGAACAGAUUCCACAACAACGUCGUCGAGCAGAUCGCACAAAUCAACGAGAACGGCAGAUUCAACAAACCUCGCCCUGGUCUCUCUCCCGAGCAGACUGAGGCGGCAUGGAAGAAAUACGACGAGGAUCUUUUCCAGACCGGUCGAUUGAUUACUUGCGGCUUGUACAUUAACAUCACUUUGUACGAUUACUUGCGCACAAUUGUCAACCUUAAUAGGACCAACAGCACAUGGUGCUUGGAUCCCCGCGCCAGAAUGCAAGGCACUCAUACCACUCCAUCUGGUCUUGGAAACCAGUGUUCGGUGGAAUUCAACCUUGCUUAUCGCUGGCACUCGGCUACCAGCUAUAAUGACGAGAAAUGGACCGAGGAGGUUUACAGGGACUUGUUCGGCAAACCAGCUGAAGAAAUUUCUAUGCCCGAACUCCUUAUGGGUCUUCACAAAUACGAACAGAGCAUUGACAAGGAUCCGUCGAAGCGUACUUUCGCUAACCUCCAACGUCAAGCCGACGGAACUUUCAAGGACGAUGACCUGGUUAAGAUUAUGACCAGUGCCGUCGAGGAUGUAGCCGGGUCCUUCGGCGCUCGUAAUGUUCCCAAGGUCAUGCGAUCUAUUGAAAUUCUCGGUAUUGAGCAAGCCCGUAAAUGGAAUGUUGGCUCUUUGAACGAGUUCCGCAAGUUCUUCAACUUGAAACCAUAUGAGACCUUUGAGGAAAUCAACUCUGAUCCAUACGUUGCUGAUCAGCUUCGCCAUCUUUAUGAACACCCUGACUAUGUUGAACUCUAUCCAGGUAUCGUUGCCGAGGAGGCUAAGGCACCUAUGGUUCCUGGUGUUGGUAUCGCUCCUACCUAUACCAUCUCCCGUGCCGUGUUGUCCGAUGCUGUUGCCCUCGUCCGUGGAGACCGUUUCUAUACUACCGAUCAAACCCCACGAAACCUCACAAACUGGGGUUGGCAGGAAAGUGGCCACGACUUGAACAUCAACCAGGGUUGUGUGUUCUACAAGCUUGCAUUCCGUGCAUUCCCCAAUCACUUCAAGCCGGACUCGAUCUAUGCACACUACCCAAUGACCAUUCCAGAGGAGAAUAAGGUCAUCAUGAAGGAUUUGGGACGUGAAGAUGACUACAGCUGGGACCAACCAACUUUCAACGCUCCUCGUGUUGAAUUAAAGACAUACCAAGCUGCCCAGACCGUACUCAACGAUACUCGCAACUUCCGCGUUACUUGGGGUGAUGCCAGUGCUUGGGUGUUUGGUGAGAAGACAGGUUUCGACUACAUGCUCUCUGGUGACACACCUUUCCACGGCCAGCAACGCGAACUCCUCGAGAGGUCGCUAUACCAAGAAGGAUGGGACUCUCGUCUCAAGGAAUUCUAUGAACAAAUUACCCUACAGUUGCUUCACGACAAGUCUUACACACUUGCAGGUACAAAGCAAGUUGAUCUCACUCGGGAUGUUGGAAAUCUUGCCACUGUCCACUUUGCAGCACACCUUUUUGGACUCCCAUUGAAGACCAAGGGUAACCCACGAGGAAUCUUCACCGAGCACGAGCUAUACAUGGCCAACGCCGUCAUCUUCCAAGCUGUUUUCUUCGACUACGAUUUGAUGCGUUCUUACCCUCUGCGUCAGGCUGCUCGUGCCGUUGCUAAGAAGAUUGGAGAGAUGGUUGAACUCAAUGUCAAGUCCAUUGGUUCGAACGGCAUCAUUUCUCACUUCAUCGAUGGCUUGCGUAAGCAAGACAACCCCUUGUCCGACUAUGGUGAGAACUUGGUGAAGAAGUUGCUCGACAGUGGUCUCAAUGCGCAUGAAGUCACUUGGACUCAGAUUCUCCCAGCUGUUGUAUCUAUGGUGCCCAAGUUAGGUCAAGUAUUCACUCAAAUUAUCGACUUCUACCUGUCCGAUGCAGGAAAAGCCUACUUGCCCGAGAUCAACCGCUUGACCAAGUUGAACACACCCGAAUCCGAUCAAGCCCUCACUCACUACGUCCUCGAAGCUAUCCGCCUCAACGGAACAUACGGUGCCUACCGCGAAGCUCAGCGAGACGUCACCGUCAACGAUGGCGGUAACGAGAUCCAGGUCAACAAGGGAGCCAAGGUGUUUGUGAGCUUCAUUAGCGCCUCGCGCGACCCAGCCGCCUUCCCUGAACCUGAGAAGGUUGUGCUUGAUCGUCCUGUGGAGUCGUAUGUCCACUACGGCAUUGGACCACACUCCUGCCUCGGCCAGGAUGCUAGUCUUAUCGCUCUGACCUCCAUGCUGCGCGUUGUUGGUCGCUUGGAAAACCUCCGUCGUGCUCGUGGUACCCAGGGUCUGUUGAAGAAGAUUCCUCGUGAAGGUGGUUCUUACCACUACCUCAGAGAAGAUGGUGGUAGCUUCACUCCUUUCCCAGCCACUUUCAAAGUCGAAUGGGACAGCGAGCUCCCCCCGUUGAAGAACCGUGGAACCUGGUAA